AUGGCGAUGACGUUUGCUGCCUGGGGCUCCGCCCACCCGAGCCUGGCGGGCGGAGCCGUUGCGAAGGCCGCGCAGCAGCUGCUGGAGGACCCCAACGUGGACUCGAUCUACCUGCACCACUCGAACAUCGGCUGCGAGGGCUCCAAGGGCCUCGCGGACGCCCUGAAGCACAACAAGACCCUCAAGGAGCUCUACCUGCGCGACAACGAGAUCGGCGCGGAGGGCGCGCAGGCGCUGGCGGCCGCCAUCAAGGUCCACCCCACGCUCGCGAUUCUCGAGCUCCGCGACAACAGGAUCGGCUGCGACGGCGCCGUCGCGCUCGGCGACGCCCUCGCCGGCAACAAGACGAUCGUCGCCCUCGAGGUGGGCGGGAACGGGAUCGGCGCGAAGGGUCUGCAGGCGCUGUCUGAGGGCCUGAAGAAGAACACGACGGUGACGGCUCUGGAGCUGGCUGGCAAUGCCAUCUGCGACGACGGCGCCAAGGCCCUCGCGGGCGUCCUCUCGGAGAACAACACGAUCGCCGAGAUCCUCCUCGGCGAGAACAAGAUCGGCAGCGCGGGCAUGCAGGCCCUCGGCGCGGCCCUCAAGACCAACACGUCGGUCACCGACCUCUUCCUGCCCAACAACAAGGUGGGCGACGCGGGUGCGCUGGCGCUCGCCGAGGCGCUGGAGACGAACAAGACGCUCCGGGAGAUCGCGCUGGGCGGCAACUCGAUCGGCGACCAGGGCGCGGUGGCCAUCGCGGAGGCCCUGAAGGGCAACUCGACGCUGCGGAAGCUGUCGUUGAGUCGGGAGCACAUUGGGAACGCGGGCGCGGCGGCGCUGGCGGGGAUGCUCAAGGAGAACACGACGCUCGCGAAGCUGUACCUGAGCAAGAACAAGGUCAGCGACGACGGCGCGAAGCAGCUCCUGGAGGCGGUGAAGGCCAACACCUCUCUCAAGCACCUCUACCUGAACAACAACCGCAUCUACGACGUGGACGUGGUGGACGCGCUGCACGCGACGGGCCGCGUGGACGCGGACGACACCGUCAACCACAAGCUCUGA